AUGAUUGGAACGUAUAUCGUACUUUUGGUGGUCGGAGCUUGUACAGCCAUACCGGAGCCUAACGGGGCUCUUAGACCUGCUCCUCCAUAUGUCCAAGCGAAUGAACAGUUCACCCAGGCGAAAUACUUGGUACAAAGCAACCUACCAUUGCAACCGAGAGACAUCCACGAUCCCGCUCAAAGGCAAAACUUAGGUUUUGGAGUCCUCACCGGAGUUGUAUCUGAUUUGGUUGACGCAGUUGAUAAAGAUGAAGACAACUUGCUUGUCUUGGCCAAGAGCGUCCCAGCUUCAUUGAGAAACUAUUUGAAAAUAGCAACUGAAGCGCAGCUAGAAGUAUCAGACUUGGAUCUUAAAGUUCAAUUGGUAACCGAUUAUAUGGCUCUCGUAUGUUCUUCAAAUAGUGUCUCGGACUGCAAUAAACUUGUUCAAGAUAAGGUGAACGAAGAGCCUGUUCUUUUCGGGCCUGCAGCGAAGCUACUGUUAAAUCUUGGUAAAGUUUCACAAGUCAUUCUAAACAACCAGGAUACCGUCGAAGAAGUGACCAAAGACCACGGAGAAGUUUCUUAUCUCUUACAUAAUGUUGAUACGCCAGAGUUCAAAGCUUUCAUUAGGGAACUAGCGAAUCUUAAGCAUGAAGCAAAAGGCGUACAAUUCAGAAGUGCAGUUUCAGCUGAAAAAGAUGAAGAUACUUUCAUACCUAAUUUUAUAUCAUUAUAUUUUGAAUCUAAUCAGUCAAUCACAAUCGCCAAGCAGCACGUGAUGAAUCAUUUGAGUCCCGAAAAAUCAGACGUUGCAUCCUAUGCGAUAAUAUUAGGAGUAAUUGGAAGAUUAGCACAAGACUAUAUCGUGGAUUCAAAAAACUUUGAUCCGUUUUCAUCAUUAUAUGAUCAUAUAGAGUAUGCUGUAAGAAACUAUAAUACAACAUUAAAUGAAUUCAAAGACAUUAUUCUUGAGGUGACUAGAAAAAUUGAACUUGUAGUCAUUUAA